GAAAAUAGUACUUCGUGUUUGAGGGGAGUACAUCGUUUGAAAGUGGAAGGGAUUGGCGGUGGAACAAGAGCAGCCAAAGAACUCCAGCCCUCCGGGAGUCGGGGUAUGUCGGCGACACUCUCCUGCGGCAGACUACUUCGGCGACUCCUCGCGACCUUCCUUCUCCCCAGCUAAAAGGACGAUAUAGAGAGAGAUGGGCUGCGUUUUUAGAGCUUCAUGCCUUUUGGGAAGUUUGGUGUCUCCUACAAUCACUCCACCAGAGAAAUGGCCAUUUGUCUCUACAUGUCUAUUGCCACUUAGUCUCAGGUCAUCCCUAUUCCCAUUCCUUGCCAGCGCCACCACCAUGACUCGUGUUCAUGGGCUGCCUUGUAAAAACCAACAAAGAGAUAAUCUGGAAAUAAUCAGAGGAAACCCUUCAUCUUUUCAUCCUCUGUUCCUUCCUCUGCUGCUGGCUAAUGGCGGUGGUGGCAGCAGCGGCGACGACGACGACAACAACAACAACAACAACAACAAUGGUGGUUGGGAUAACCCUUUCGAUUCUGAGGGUUCUUGGUGGUGGAAUGAUGAUUCUUCCGGUCCUCAUAACCCCUUUCUUGUCUUCUUGUUAUUUUGUUCCUCCAUGUUAUUCUGCUUCUGCCACUUGCAAUUGGCCAAAUCUGCUCUUGCAAGAACUACUACUACUAGUAGUGCUUCUACCUCUCUGGAAGAAUCCGAGUCAUUGGAGUCAUUGUCUGUUUGGGAAGUCAGGGGAGGCAAGUGGACCAAGCUUAUUGCUGAUUUUUUUAAAGAUGUAUUCGUCGUUGAACAACCUGGUACUGGUUCUGGUAGUACUCAAUCCUUCAUCCCAGAGAAGUUGUGGUUGCGGUGCAGAGAUCUCUUCAUGGGUUUGAUGCUACCGGAUGGUUUUCCCCACAGUGUAACUAGUGAUUACUUGGAAUACUCUCUGUGGAGAGGAGUCCAAGGUAUUGCCAGCCAAAUCAGUGGUGUCCUUGCCACACAGGCCUUGCUCUAUGCUGUUGGAUUGGGGAAAGGAGCUAUUCCUACCGCUGCUGCUAUCAACUGGGUACUCAAGGAUGGAAUUGGGUAUCUCAGCAAAAUUAUGCUCUCCAAGUUUGGGCGGCAUUUUGAUGUGAAUCCCAAAGGAUGGAGGUUGUUUGCUGAUCUUUUGGAAAACACUGCCUUUGGAUUGGAGAUGUUAACCCCUGCUUUCCCACAUCUUUUUGUUUUCAUUGGUGCUACUGCCGGAGCAGGACGCUCGGCUGCUGCACUCAUCCAGGCCUCUACCAGGAGUUGUUUCUAUGCUGGUUUUGCUGCGCAAAGGAACUUUGCUGAGGUAAUUGCGAAGGGUGAAGCUCAAGGAAUGGUGAGCAAGUCUAUCGGUAUCAUGCUUGGUAUAGCAUUGGCUACUUCCAUUGGCUCCUCUACAUCUCUUGCCCUAGCUUCUUUUAGUGUGGUGACUUGGAUUCACAUGUUCUGCAAUCUGAAGUCAUAUCAAUCCAUUCAACUAAGGACUUUAAAUCCUUAUCGUGCAAGUUUGGUGUUUAGUGAAUAUCUCCUUAGCGGCCAAGCACCUCCAAUCAAAGAAGUCAAUGAUGAGGAACCACUUUUCCCAGCUCUACCAUUUCUUAAUGUAAAUUCCUCAUACAAAGCACAACCACAUGUCCUAUCUUCUGACGCAAAGGAUGCGGCUGCUGACAUUGAUAGUCGACUGCAGCUAGGAUCUAAGCUCAGUGAUAUUGUCCGCAACAAGGAGGAUUUACUUGCACUGUCGAAUCUGUAUAAGAACGAAGGCUACAUUUUGGCUGAGCACAAAGGUCAAUUCUGUGUUGUGCUUAAAGAAAGUUCUUCACCCCAUGACAUGCUAAAGGCACUGUUCCAAGUCAACUACUUGUAUUGGUUGGAGAAAAAUGUGGGAUUGGAAGAAAGAAGUGCUUCUAAUGACUGCAGAAAUGGGGGGAGGCUGCAAAUAUCUCUAGAGUAUGUGGAGAGGGAAUUCAACCAUGUUAAAACUGAUGGGGAUUCACUGGGUUGGGUCAUGGAUGGGCUUAUUGCAAGGCCUUUGCCAAACAGGAUUCGCCUGGAGCAUGUGGUGGCUUCUUCGAUUGCUUCUUGAUAGUUGAUAUGUCUGGUGGGUGAUGAUUUCCAGGAAAAUGGGAAAAGAAAUCAUUUCGACAGGUCAUUUUUUGCUGCAAAGUUUACACUGUACAGGUUCUCAGGAAUUUUUUUGCAAAGCCUUGAAAUCGAUCACGGGAUGCUACUAGGAAAUAAGGUGUAUUCGAUCAACAAAUAGGUUUUUCUGUCAAAUUUUAAUUCAACCUUUAAUAGAAAACUUGUUACCGGUCAUAUUAUCGACCGCAUAUUAAUGAAAACGUGACGCAUGUGUUCAGAUACACCUUAGCUUGCCAUAUAGGCAAUUACGCCAAAUAAUAGAUUUUUGUUUUUUUGUUUUUUUUUUUUAAAAUGGUGUAGAUACACCCACUGCCACCCUCCACGCCACAGAGGGAGGCAGUAGAGGGUGGCUCUGCGCCUCCGCCUCCAUAGAGUGGUGUAAUUGCCUACGUGGCAGGCUGAUGUUUGUCUUGAUACAAGUGUGAUGUUUUCAUUAGUCUAACGUGGAGAAUGUGAUAGGUGGUAAGUUUUUCAUUGAAAACUGGAUUGAACAAAACUCAUGAGCUUUUGAGACAAUAUACUUUAUUUUAUGAUGAAACUGAAACUUAAUCCAAAUUUAGAGUAGCAGGCAGGCAAACUGGUCUGUAAACAUGAUGCAUUGCCGUGUUCUGUUAAUUUCUGAUAGACUGUAGGAAAUUUUCUGGAGGAAAGAAUCUUUUUAUUUAUUUAUAUUUUUUAUUAGUAA